AUGACCCACGCCCUCCAUUAUGGAACCGGCGUAUUCGAGGGGAUCCGCGGCAACUGGAAUGCCGACCAGGGCGCGAUUAACAUCUUUCGCAUGCGGGAGCAUUACGAGCGCCUGAUUGACGGCUGCCGCAUCCUGAUGUUGGACAUCCCCUACUCGGUGGAAGACCUUUGCAACAUCACGGUCGAUUUGGUCGAGCGCAACCGCCACGUUUCCGACAUAUAUAUCCGACCCCUCGCUUACAAGAGUGAGGAAUUGGUCGCCAACCUGAAGCUCCAGGAACUGUCGUCGGACUUCACCCUGAUCACCGUGCCUUUCGGCAAUUAUCUGGGAAGCGAUCGGCUGCGCUGUUGCACUUCGUCCUGGCGCCGGGUCGAUGAUCCCAUGAUCCCGGCUCGCAUCAAAGCCUGCGGCAUCUAUAUCAACAGCAUCCUGGCGAAGACCGAGGCCACCAUCGCCGGGUUCGACGAGGCCAUUUUGCUCAACCAUGACGGGCAUGUGUCCGAAGGUUCCGGCGAGAACAUCUUCAUGGUCAAGAAAGGGAUCAUCUAUACGCCUCCGCUGGAGGACAAUGUCCUUGGCGGGAUCACCCGCGACACCAUUAUGCAGUUGGCCGGCGCCGAGCUUGGGAUGGAGGUGCAGGCGCGCACCAUCGACCGUAGCGAGCUCUACCUUGCCGAUGAAGUGUUCCUGAGUGGAACGGCCGCCCACCUGACGCCGGUUAUUGAGCUUGACUGCCGACCCAUCGCUGACGGCCAACCCGGCCCGAUCACCUCCCAGUUGCAACGCAUGUACUUCGAUAUCGUGGUUGGCAACAAUCCCAAGUAUCUGCACUGGUGCACCCAGGUUAGGCAGCCCAUAGCAGCCACCUGA